AUGGAGGGAUCAGAUUCGAAAAGCCUCAUCGCUGAUCGCGGGUUGGAGAGCCCAGAUGUUGCAAAGGAUGGAGUGAGCAACGAAAAACAGUCUCCAAAUAUCGAAGAGACAAAUUACCCAACAGGCUUCAGUGUGACUGCGACCAUGGUGGCUCUGACCUUGACUUCCUACCUUGUCCUCCUGGACACCUCGAUCGUCUCUACGGCCAUCCCACGCAUCACGUCCGAUUUCCACUCGCUGAACGAUGUAGGCUGGUACGGAACGGCGUAUCUCCUCGCCAACUGCUCUCUCCAACCAUUGACCGGAAAGCUCUACACGUACUUCAACAUCAAGUGGGUGUAUCUCGUCUGCCUUUCAAUAUUUGAACUCGGCUCUGCUCUGUGCGGCGCCGCCCAGGACUCCAACAUGCUGAUUGUCGGGCGUGCGAUUGCGGGCAUUGGCUCGUCGGGGCUCUUUAAUGGUGGUUUCACCUUUCUCGCUGCUUGUGUGCCACCACAGCGACGACCGGCACUAACGGGCGUCCUCAUCGGCCUCUCCCAACUGGGGCUCCUAUCCGGCCCCUUGAUCGGCGGAGCCCUAACAGAGCAUACAUCGUGGCGCUGGUGCUUCUACAUCAACCUCCCCUGCGCGGCAAUAAUCGCCCCGGCCCUCCUCCUCGUCCCCACCCCCGACCAACGAGCCCCCGAGAUAAAAUUCCAGCCCCUCCGCGAAAUCAUACCACACCUUGACCUCCUCGGCUUCGCCAUCUUCGCCGGUUCCGCGAGCCAGCUCCUCCUCGCACUAAACUGGGGCGGGACGACAUACCGCUGGGACAGCAGUGCGAUUAUUGGGCUAUUCUGCGGGUCCGGUGUGACGUUCAUCUUAUUCCUGCUCUGGGAAAGCUAUAUGGGCGACCGGGCCAUGAUCCCGUUCGCGCUGGUGGGGCGACGGGUUAUCUGGAGUAGUUGUCUGAACAUGGGGUUCCUGAUGGCGUGUUCGAUGGUCACGACGUAUUACCUGCCGAUCUACUUCCAGGCUGUGCGGGGGGCGUCGCCGACGGUUAGUGGGGUCGAUUUGUUGCCGAGUAUUGGAGGCACGAUUGUUUUUGGGAUUAUCGCUGGCGCGCUUGUAACCCGAGUCGGCCACUACACGCCCUUCGCCCUCCUCGGUGCAGCCAUCGCAACAACGGGCGCAGGCCUACUCAUCCUGCUUACCCCGUCAACACCAACCUACGCCUGGGUCCUCAUCCAGCUAACACUCGGCAUCGGCCGCGGCCUGAACGUUCAAAUGCCCCUAAUCGCCGCGCAGCACAACGCGCCCCAAUCGCAAAACGCCAUCGCAACCGCACUCGUCGUCCUCGCGCAGAACCUGGGCCCGGCGAUUUUCUUGUCACUUGCGCAGGUUAUUUUUUCGUCGGGGUUGGAGAGUGAACUUGCGAGGCAUGCGCCGGGGGUUGAUGUAGCUGAGAUUGUGAGGGCGGGCGCUGCGGGGGUUGGGGAUUUGGGGUUUAGGGAGGAUGUUCUUGGAAAUGUGCUGGAGGGGUACUGUGAGGCGAUUGUGAGGGUCAUGUAUUUGGCUACGGCGGCGAGUGCGGCGAGCUUGGUUGUUGCUUUGGGCAUGGGGUGGGGGAGUAUUAAGGUCGAGGCAGCUGAUGCUAAGGGGACGGGACAGGACAAGGGGAAUGAAGGAGGGGCUCGGGAAGAUCAGGCGGCUGGUGGCCUCGUUGAUGUUGAAAAGGUCGACGAGAAGGCGGGAUAG